CAACAACAAACAAAAUGGUAGAAAACCGGCAAGAAAUGGAACUUUUGUUUUUCGAAACCUUUUCUCAUGAAAGUGCAGAGGAGCUGAAUCUGGACUUAGUUCAGUUCCCUCGGCCAGUUGUGAUAGAGGAAGUUCGAGUGAUACCACUGCAGACCCGUGUUCAGGCAGAUGUGCCGGGUGGAGUUAGGCUUGGAGCCACAAACCCAGCAAACUUCAAGCUUGAGCUGUUUGUGAACAACUUGAGUAAACCAAAUGCUUCAACUUUUGAAAAACUAGGAUUAAUGGAAUACAAAGCAAAUGAAGACAUCCAGCUGAGGACAAAUGUUCAGAUACCAACUGAUGGGCUGAUUCUGAAGGGCUGGUACAACACACUUACUAUUGCCAUCUACGGUGAACUGACCAGUGUCAGUGUCCAGACCGAGUCCCUCCCUCCACCUCCACCACCACAGCCAAAGAAACUUGUUGCAUCAGUACCACAAGGAAGUCAGACACCCGGUGUAAAAAUAGAGCCUACCAGCUCCACCCCCCUGAGCAUAAAGAUCGAGCCAAAGGUCGAGCCCAAGGAAUGGGAUGCCACAUCACAGAUGUUGGCCCAGCCCCCGGUGGUGAUUGCCACGCCCCACACCACACAACACCCUCUGGACUACAUACAGGAACAGCUGAACCAGGCUAACCUCCAGUCUUCAACAAUGACAAUCACUCCCAGUCUGCAGCCCCACCCCAUAGUGCUGGUUGCUCCCACUGGCUUACCCCCAGGACAGAUGUCACUAGGGUUGGCCCAACCCAUACAGGACUAUCCCCGCCCCGGGGAGUUCCCUAGACAUCCCGCUGACACCGACAGAUUCUCCCCAGAUGGGCAUGGAGGACGAGAGAGGUAUGAUGACGGACGAGAGAGAACAGAUUCCUGGAACUACCAUGAUCAGGACAGGCGCUCCAGGGACUACCCAACCUCAAGAGAGGGAUCUCGUGACCGUGACCGGGAAUACCGUGGCGAUUACCGUGAUGAUCGUGACCGCGAGAGAGAUUGGGAUCGGGACAAGAGAGAUAGGGGAAGUAGAGACAGGGACAGUAAGGAGAGAUACGAUGAUCGGGGGGACAGGGGACGGGGUUACGAUGAGAGGAGGGAUCGGGACUUUGAUAGGGGUGAUAGAGAUAGGGAUUCUAAUAGGGAUCGGAACUUUGAAAGGGAUCAGAGAGAUCGAGAGAUGAAUAUAGAAAGAGAAAGGGGGCGAGACUAUGAUCGUGACCAAGGUAGGGAGGAAGGCUACAGAGAAGGGGAAAGGGAGAGGGAGCUAGAGCUUGAACCACAGACCAUACGUGUGAUAGGGCGGGACAUCCGUGAGGCAGGUUUCAGAGACAGGACACGUGAUGACUUUAGGGACAUGUCGAGAGACGUGUUUAUGGAGACGGAAGCACCAAGGAGCCCUUCCAUAGGGUCAAGGUCAAGGUCAUUUAGUGGGGACAGGUUUAGUUCAAGGUCAAGAUCAGCAUCUCCAAACAAGGCAAGAUCAAGGUCCAUUUCACCAGAUAGGGUUGAUCAUGUGUCAGCCGGUCGGGAGAUAUACAGAGUGAAAGACAGCCUUCCUGAACAGCCACUUUCACCAUCACCAGACCAGGAUAUUAAUGAGGAGCGAGAAGCCGAGACAUUUGAACAGCUAUCUGUGGAGCAGGUGGGAAGUCCUGUAGAGCAGGGGUACAUGUCGGACGGAGACUACGAGGCCAUCUCAUCAGAGGACGAGCUCAUUGAUAUUGAUACAGAGUUGGGUAUCGACUAUGAGAUGGAAGAAGAGGCGUUCAGCUACAUCACCUCACCUUUCAACCCCUACCAGUUUGAAGCAACCUCCCUGACCACAUUCAAAGACAUAUCACAGACCAAGUUUGAGCAAGAGAAGGCAAGCCUGUUACACCCGGACUAUGUGAGGCCUGACAAGUGUCCAAAGGAGGCCCAACAACUGCUGGAUAUUGUCGACAGAUUCAAGGAAGGGCCUCUUCAUGAUAGCUGGGUGGAGGCCAUGGAGAGUGUCCCCUCACUGCUCCCCAAGGGCCUGUCCUACCUGCUGUAUGUGGAGCCUAACCCUGGGGCUCUCGACUACUUGCUGGACUGGGCAAUGGAGGGACUGAAUGAGGCCCGUGCCAUGGCCCAGCCCGAGUCCACGUACAAGGUCAGACACCUGAAGAUGGGCUUCAAACUGGCCGGGGCUCUCUGUUGCUGUGACUCUAAUGUAGCUGUCAAAUGUCUGGAGCGUGGUGUCCAGGAGCGGCUGCUGGACAACUUCGAAUCCAAAUUCAUGUCGUUCUCCUUGAAGCUCCAGAUAGCGGCUGCCCUUCACCACAGCACUAGGCUUCAGGAUGGCCUGGAGUGGUUUCUUGGUACGCACAAACUGCAGGGAGAACAAUCUGGUCAACGUUCGCUUAGCAACUAUCAGAGGACUGUCAUGGUGUUGCUACAGAAGAAACAGGUUGUCAGGGUGAUUGUUGCCAUGACAACGCUUAUAAAGAAAGUGCAUCUGUAUGAGGUCAUGAAUAAACUCGCUUUGCCGCUGGAAAAUGCCAUAGAGUCUUUGUCUGGGACCCAAGUUGGAGGGGAGAGUCAGAGUGAAAGUAACCAGGGAGACAGUGCCCAAGGAGACAGUAGUCAGGUGGAAGGUAGCCAAGGAGAUGGUAACCAAGGAGACACUGUAGAACAGGUAGACGUCUGUCUUGGGGAGUCUGACCUUGAAGCCAUCUCCACAUGUGUCGAAGAGGUCACUAAAGUCUACACUCUGGCCAACACACUCAUUGCCCAGCCCCCUAGGACACUGCCUGGACAGAAGAUGGUGGAGAUCAAACAGAGCCCUGAGGACCCCUACCCGGGCUUUUAUCACAUGGCCAAUGCUUGUCAGUUGUUGGAGUCCUUGUUGGUGAUUGUGUCAUCCCCAACUAUGUGCUGCAUGCCCACAUUGUUCGGAGCUGUCCGCUCGCUUGUGCAGAGGAUCAUGGGAGAGCAACAUGGCCUCGUUUACCUGGCGUCACGCCCCGACACCACCAACAAGAUCAUACAGGCACUUAUACAGAUCACGGACUCUGAGGAUGUAUCAGAAGAGAACGUUGCUCAACAGCUGGGUGUGGAGAUGAUCUAUUACUUACAGGCCCUGGGCCUUAUAGACAAACUGGCCGCCUAUCAUCAGCUACCAGAGAAGAACCUAGCUGAAGAUGCCGAGCCUGUGACCCUGCUCCAUAUGAUGUUUACCAUGACCUUCACCCCUCUUGGCCAUGCAGCAGUCGUCCAUACUCUCACACAGGCUGAUAACAUCUCAGUGCUUAUGCCCUUUGUGAAACUGUCAGGUGAUGACAGAGAAGAUGCCAAGCUGCGCAAGUCAGUGAGCGCAGGCUACUCUACAGAACUGCUGAACAUCGUUGUCCACUACUCUGACAGUGUGGAGUUCCUCCAGAGACACAGCAAACACCUGCUCGCUAUUGGGGAGCAAGAAUUCAGCAGUAAGCUCGCCCGACUGAAGGAAUGGCUGUUACCUUUGAAAUCUCUCACCAUCUUCUCUCACAAUGGUCUGCCAGCAAUCAUUGAACAGUUGAUGGUGCUGAAGAAUGAUGUUCUCAAACUGCCUCGGGGUCUCAUCACUGUGUUGAGGAUUUUGAAGAACCUUGCAGUGGCUCCGCAAAAUGACUUUCCAGAAGACAAGAACGAAGAGAUGAAAUACAAGUAUGUGCUUGUGGAGCUGUUCAGUGCCGACUGUCUGCCCGUUUUUGUCACCAUACUCCAGAAACUGAGUGAGUUGAUGUUGCGGCCAUGGCAGAAGGGAGUACCAAAGAGCAGUGAGACCCUGUCCCUGUACCUAUUCAUCAUGAAGCCCUGCCUAGAGAUGGCCAAGGCUAUCACACAGUACCUCAUCAUGGCGAGGGGCACAGAGUUCCGAGACCUGACAGGACUGGCCACUAUGUUUGAGCUGCAUACAGUGCUAUGUUCUGUUCCCACCAUCAGCAUCUUUGCUCCAGAAAUCAACAGUAUCCAGAGAGAGAUAGUUGACACAAUAGCAUCCUACACCCAGCCACUGUCACAGCCCAGUCAGGAGAAAGACAAGAUAAGUGAGAGUCUAUGGACGCUGGCUAUCCGGGACUUGCUCAAGUUUACCAUGAAGGCCCCCUACACCUACCUGAGUGGCCUGCAGAUGCUCUCAGAGUUACUGCCCCUGCCACUACCCCUGCAAACAAAGGAGCCAUUAACCACUGAGGAGGUUCAGCUGGCUAUCAACACAAGGAAGUUGUGGAGUGCCCACCUUCUUCCCCUCCACACGACACUCCAUGGCAUCGUCCGCACCCUGGCUACAACUUCCUGUCAACCUCUCCAACAGAUACUUCGGAAGAUCUGCUUCCAGAUGUCAGACUUGGCAUCUCCCACGGCAUCCAUGAUCACACAGUGUAUACUGGACAUCCUCCUGGAACACAUAGAAAGUAUAGGGAACCUGGAGAAGGGUGGAGACAGGCCUGGUGCCCAGUCUGCUGCUGAUAAGCCCCAGGAGCCGCGGCCGGCUCCCAGCCCGGAGGAUUACAAGGUUGUGCUGGCUACACUGGGCCGGUUCCUCAACCUUCUGGCCUACCUCCUCUCACAGCCAGCCAUCAAGUGUACCAUGCUGAGAAUCAUAGGGAGUGAUGGGGAGGACAAAUACCAGAGUGUGCUACCACGGAUGUUGGACAUCCUCAACACUGUGUGUGACCGGCCUGAACACAUCCAGGACCAGGAGUCCAUAGUGUCGAUUCUACAGAGCCUGUGUGACCUUGAGGUGACCUUGCUGGCAGGAGACUCCAAUGUCUCCAUCCCUGAACAGGUGGUGAAUGCUCUGCCCUGUGUUCCCCAGCUGACCCAGAUCAUUGAGGCCCUAUUUGUGCAUAUCGCCCACCCAAGCCACAAGUAUGAGUCAGUGCUUCCGUGUAUACGGGCCCUCGUCAUGCUUACAGAAUAUAACUACAGCUUCUACAUACUUAAAAUCACAUUUGAAAAGCACAAGUCAGCGGUGUACCGUCUCCUGCAGCGAAUAAAGAUCAAGUUUAGCAAGGACAGUUCUGAUACACUAUCCACAUUCUCAACCACCCUUGAAUUUCUCCGCCUGCUCGUGUGUACGGACAUGCCAGACACACGCUCCAUCACUCUGACCAAUCAGGAACUGCGUGAGGUUGUUGGCUGGAAUAAAGAUGUCACUAACCAUCCCCUUAUUGACUUGCAGAAGUUGCUUGAUGAGAGUUUAAAGGAGGAGGAAGCCCUGGACAGCCUGUUGGAGAGUGUGAACAGCCUACUGGCCGUGCUGAGGGCAGAGUCCCCUCAGAAACAAAAGCCUGAUGUGAGCCCGCCAGUGGUUCCCGAGCCCUUGUCCCUGCACACUUUGUUCAACACCCGGUCAGUGUACACAGUGACUGAUGCUGACGAUGACCGACUGACCACAACCUUCUGGCAGACCACAUUUGAGGCUGACGUCCCUGAUCUGGUGCCGUAUGACCUUGAGGCCAUAUGCCUAAAGUACUGCAGGGACUUCAACAUCGAGGAAGAACUGAAGAGAGAUACGGGGCUCCCUUCAGACGAGGAGCUCACGAAACCUAAAAAGCUCAAGGACAGGAGAAAGUCACAGGAGUUUGUGACGUGGAGGGGCAGAGGAGUGAGAAGACCUUUUGUUGCACCCAUGCGCGGAAGGGGUAUCGCCCGAGGUCUAGCAGCCCAGGCAAAUCGCCAUGACAAUUUCCGGAACCGCCCUCCAAACACGAGCCGCCCACCUUCCAUGCACGUGGACGACUUUAUGAAGCUAGAACAGAAGAGUGAACAGAACACCUCUGGGCCUGACAACAGAGAUAAUAACUUUAUACACAACAGAGGUCGAGGUGGGUUUGAGAGGGGGCGGGGCAGUUUUGAUCGGGGUCGGGGAGGAAGAUUCUUUACACCACCAGGAAGCUUCCGCAGAGAUGUUAACACACGAGGUGGUCAAGAGGGAGAAAGCUCCAUGUACAGAUCUAAAGCUCCAUUUGGUUCCAGCCCCCGAUUCGGUAACAAUGGCCAUGACCGGCCUAUGUCUGGUGAGAGAAGAGACAGUCGGGGUGGGGGCAGGUUUGAGCCCAGGGGCCGGAGUUCAUGGAGAGGAGGGAACUGGACUGGUUCCAGGUUUAAAGAUGACAGGUUUGGAGGAAACAAUAUGGGAGGGUUCCGCGGUCACGGCGAUCCUGGACGACACCAGAGGUCCUUCACAAAAUAACGGCCACUGUUCUAGCUUACAUAACCGGACCGCAGACUGCAAAUGGAUGUACUGUGCUCAAGCAUUCAAGCCCAGUUUGCCAAACUGUACUAGCAGAAAAAAAGAAAAUGUUCAUGUAAUGAAAUGUGUCAAGAAUCAAGUCAAGUCCUUUUAUGUUGUGUUGUUUAAUUCAAUUAUUUGACACACAUAAUUGUGAUAAAGGGAGGUAAUUACUCAGAGCGUGUGUUGAUUUUCAUAAUUAAUGUUACCUCUAGAAUUCAAAAUUUUGGGGUCAUUUAAAGGUUAUUUUUACUUGCACAGAUUUUAUUUCGCUAGUAUGCAUGUGGGACCCAUUUGGAACAGAAGUGUUCUAAUUUUUUUGGAAUAGUAAAAAGUGUGAAGAGGAGUGUGCUGAUUUUGACUGUCAGAAUACUAGUACAUAAUUUCCAGGUGCCUUUACCCCACAGGCACUAUGUGUUUCAUGUUUUGGUAUCAUGUUUCUGAGAAAAUAAGUGUGAAAAGGUGUUUGUCAAUGUUUAUUGAAUACUUUAUUUAAGGCCUUUCCAGAAGGCACUUUUUUAAGACAGGCACUGGGCAUAUCAUCUUUGAGGUAAACUGACUUGAGUGUUAUGUUUCGGGGUUAAAGCAACCAGCCUUUGUGAACCUGAUGAGCAGGAAAUGAUUAUGCUAUUAUGGAUUCACAAAUGUUUUGAACUUUUUCCAGCAGCAAGGCAGCUUUUAAUGAUGUGCACUGUAGAUCUCCCACUGUGUUUGUACAUGUAAAUUGGCUUAGAGCAAAGCAAAACAUAUUGAAAUGGAAAUGUUGCUUUAUAUGUAGUAAGAGUGCAAUACCGUUAUUAUCCUUUAACGUCAAUGUACUUGUUUAUCGACUUGUGUUGAGCGAUUAAGAAACAACAUUUUGGUUUCUAAAAAUAUUUGUGUAUGUUAUUGAGAAACAAAAGUAUUGUACAAAUAAACGUGAACUGUAA